CCUACCCACAACCCCAGGCACUGAGAGCAGCGGCGAGCCCCACAAUCUGCGAAGCCGGGUGACAUUUGUUGUCAACUUAUUUCAGCCCUAAUUUCACCAAAUGCCGCACACGAAUCGCGCGAGGCGCGCCGACCACUACCGAUCUAUCGAUGGCGCCGGCAGCACCAGCAACAACAACGCCCAUGCCGGCGGAAGAAAGCGCUCGCACCAAGAGCAAGACGGUGGUGCCCUCAACCACAACCACGACACCAAUCCCAAACCCUCCGAGCGCUACGGUGGGCGUAGCCCUGAUGCCGCCGGCGGCGGUGGCCGGGGAGCUGGUCGCGGUAGGGGCGGAGCGAGGUCGGGAGGCGGCGGCACCGGCAGGGGUGGUGGCGGUGGACGCGGAGGAGCCGCGGAGGAAGCCGGCGGCGGCGGCGGCGGUCGAACAGCCGGUGCCGAAACAGCAGCAGGACGAGGAAAAGGAAAGGGCAAGAACCCUUCCGCGAAGAACCGCAUCCGGAGUCUAACGCGGCUGAUGAACAAACCGGGCAUCAAAGAGGAACAGCGGUUACACUUGCAACGGCAGGUUGACGAGCUAGAGGGAAAGGUGUCGGAGCGUGAAAAGCAGGAGCGCGAACGAACUCUUGCCGUCAAGUACCACAAGGCAAAGUUUUUCGACCGCAGGAAAGCUCUCCGCCGACUGGCCCAAAUUCACCGCAAGUUGAAGGGGGGCAUCGAGGAGGCCGCGCGGGCGGAGCUGGAGCGAAAACGAGAUAGCGAGGAAGCAGACCUCAAGUACGUGCUCUACUUCCCCAAGGACAAGAAGUACCUCCCGCUGGGAAAGGGGAAAGAGGGCCCCCCACGUGCCCAGCGGUCCCAUGCGCGCUUCCUGAAGGAAGCGUUGGUGCGAGGGGAGGCAGCCGGGUGGACGGAGUUCCAGGACAACCUCGACAAGUUUGUCACCGGCGGCGGGGAGGGCGGCCGGCCUAAGGUAGCUGUGGACGCCGCCGCUGCCGCCGAGGAGGGCGAUGUCAAGCGGAACAGGGGAAUCGGAGCUCUUCCUGUGGUGGCGCAGCAAAAGCUGUGGGAUGACGGGGAGGACAACAGCAGCGCGGAAGGGGAGGGCACGGGAAAAAGUGACACGGAAGAAAGCGAAUCAGAUUCCGGGGAUGGUGUGGCCGGCCAACAAGGAGCGGGGAAGAACGCUGCUCCAGCGGCCCGUGGAAAGAAGGUCAAGAGGCGGCCAGCGGAGUCUGGAUCGGGGAGUUCGGAGUCGGAGCAAGGAGAAGCAGCAGGGGAUAGCUCCGAUUCGGCGGGGGAACUCAGCGGCGACGAGGGUUUCGGGGCCGCCGCCAGCGACGAAGACGACGCUUAUAGCUUCGCCGAGGCGAGGAUGAGGUGGGCGAGCGGCCGCGCGGCCGCCGCUGAUCCUAUUGGAAGCACUCCAGGCGGCGACGGUGGGAGCACAAGCGGGCGCAGUGACAAUAGUGACACUGACGGCCACGACAGCGACGGAAGCGUCGGGGACAUUUACGCCGAUGCUCUCGCGAGAUUUAACGGUGGCGGAGGCGGUUCAAAGGCGGGUCAGAGCGACCGGCGGCGGGGUGGUAGUGACAGUGACGGAGACAGCAGCAGUAACAGCGACGAGGACGCCAGCAGCGACGGCGGCGACACGGCAGAAGAGAAGCUCGCGCUCGCAGGGAAGAGGAAGAGUCAGCCAACGGCAGCGCCCCCGUCGGGUCCGAACGGAAACGAGGAUGAGGGUAGCGGGGAUGACAUUGACCUCAAGGACGAUUUCUUCAUUGAAGAGAAGGUUAGCGGCGACGAAGAGCAAGCCCACCAAACGGGGGAGUACACCGGUAAGAACGCACGCGCCAGACGUGACGCGCGAAGACGCACCAGCGGGGAAAGCCGUAGUGGCGGCCGGGG